AUGUUCUGUUAUAUUAUGUCGUGUGUUUCUCUUAUGAUUCUGUAUCGUUUAUAUUUCAGUGAAGUCCCCAGCAGUGGCAACAUCAUAACAUUCAGUCAGUUCCUUUUUAUUGCUAUUGAAGGGUUCAUCUUUACCCUCAAGAUGGGGAAAGUGACUCCAGUUAUUCCACUGAAGAACUAUAUAGUAAUGGUAACCAUGUUCUUUGCUGUCCAAGUUAUCAACAAUUUAGCAUUAAAUUUCCAUAUUUCAAUGCCACUUCAUAUGAUAUUUCGAUCUGGUUCCUUGAUGGCUAAUUUAAUUCUUUGUGUAAUUCUUCUAAAGAAAAGAUAUAAAAUGAGUAAAUAUUUGGCAGUUUUUAUGAUCAGUGUUGGAAUUGUAUUUUGUACAAUAGCGUCUUCAAAACAUCUGAAACCUCAGGAGGACACAGAAGAUGGUGACUCUACCUAUGACUAUUUCAUGUGGCUCAUUGGAAUUUUUAUGUUGUUGUUUGCUCUAUUUAUGUCGGCAAGAAUGGGAAUCUUCCAAGAAGUUAUUUAUAAGAAGUUUGGUAAACAUCCUUCAGAAGCAUUAUUCUUCAAUCAUGCUCUCCCACUGCCUGGGUUUCUACUGCUUGCUCCAGAUAUUUACAAACAUGUAAUCCUGUUUUCACAGUCUGAUCAACUUGUUUCUGUUUUGAAUUUUGGCAUCCCCAAAAUGUGGUUGUUUUUGCUGGGAAAUGUUUUGACACAAUAUGUCUGCAUACGUAGUGUGUUUAUUCUCACCACAGAAUGUACUUCUCUCACAGUGACUCUAGUUGUCACACUGAGGAAAUUUGCAAGUCUGCUGUUCUCCAUUUGGUACUUUCAGAACCCAUUCACUACAUUGCAUUGGCUCGGUGCUACCUUGGUGUUUGGUGGUACUCUAAUCUUCACAGAAGUCUUACAACAAAUCAUUGGCAUGUUUAGACCCAAAAAGAAGAUACAGUAAUCCACACAAAUUGUCCAUCAAGAGCUAUUGCCCUCGCUGCUGCUCAAACCUUCAAAGCAGCAACCCAUUAAUCCAUUUAAUUUCUUUACCUCAACCUUUAAAUAUUUAUAUAUAUAUGAAAAAAAAAAAAAAAAGUUUGAAUAAAGCAUUUUAUUGUUAAAUAACUGGGGGGAAAAAAAUUGAAGUUUUAAACUGUUAUUUUUAAAUUAAUCAAAAUAUUAAA